UUUAUGAAAAAUAUAAUGUUCUAUACAUGUAUACGGAGCGGGGAGGAGAAACGACGGCCACCAUCUUUUUUCCUAAAUUUAAAACAAACAUUAUCAGUGAUGACAUCUUGUUUUAAGAUUGGAAACGCAGUAACAUCAGAUAUUGAAGUAUUGAGAGAAGUUGAAAAGGCUUUGGACUUACAUGCUUAUGAGACCUCUGAUUUAAUUCAUCAGUAUUAUUUGGAAUUGUUGGGAUGUCAACAAGGAAUUUCAAGGUCRGAAUUCGGUCAACUCACAAUAAAACCUAACUUUACACAAACCGGAUUAGUGCUUCACAUUUUAAAUGGGAGAAACUUGGUACCUAUGGAUCAAAAUGGAUCAUGUGAUUCUUUUGUUAAGAUUAAUUUUUAUCCGACUAACAGAUUUGUCAAUAUGCCAAUAUAUAAAACGUCUGUUCAUCAUAAAACGCGAUUUCCAUUAUACGACGAAAUUUUUAAAAUCAACCUUACAGAGGAACAACUUUCCAAACAUAACAGUCUAAUCUUAUUCAGCAUUAAAGACAAAGAUCUUUUUGGUAUGACCAGCCAAUACAUAGGUGAGUGUUACAUAACUUUUGCGKACCUCAUGGCAAAUGCAAAUGAACAAAUUCAUAUGGAGCUAUCUCGACCACRGUACACAGAGUCGGAAACUAUUCGUGCGUUGGAAUAUAGACAAGGUGACAAGCAAGCACGUGAUUUUUUAAAAAAGUUAAGAAGUAAAAUGUGAAAUUAUGUAUAUCAAGUUUUAUUAAUAUGUUUAUAUUUAC